ACGUGUAAGGCACUUCCUCAAAAAUACAGUAAACAAAUCUACGGAUUAUAUUCGGCUGCGACAUAUUCUGCACGGUGGCUUGUUUGAGUUUUGGAAAUUACGAGGCUUUCAGUUAAUACCACACGGUUUGCCCAUUAGAGCAGGUCGACAGGAGGGACACAAAGGAGGGAAUUGUAGGAAAAGCGCAGCGUGCCGCACGGUUGUUUGGUUGAGAGCGCUCAAAGUGAGCUCAGUGAAUGCUCAGGCUUCAUGUCGUUGAGUUGAGCACGCUUCUCUUCUGGUGACAAUACUACGAACAGCGUUUGUCUUGAAGAAAUCAUUCAUAUAUAGACAUGGUGAAGCAGACCAAGGCCAAAACUUUCCAGGCCUAUCUGGACUACUGUCACCGUCGCUACAGCUGCGUCCACUGCCGUGCACACCUGGCUAACCAUGAUGACCUCAUUUCAAAGUCAUUUCAAGGCAGUCAAGGACGUGCCUACCUGUUCAAUUCUGUGGUGAAUGUGGGUUGUGGUCCAGCAGAGGAAAGGCUGCUGCUGACCGGUCUUCAUGCUGUGGCUGAUAUUUACUGUGAGAAUUGCCAUACCACACUGGGCUGGAAAUAUGAGCAGGCAUUUGAGUUAAGUCAGAAGUACAAGGAGGGGAAGUUUAUUAUUGAAUUAUCUCACAUGAUUAAGGAUAAUGGCUGGGACUGAAGCCUUCAGCCUUUGCUUUAACUUGCUGUCACCACUUGCAAUGGCAUGAGAUAUGCUUUCUUUUAUAUAUAUCUUGGGUGAUUUGAUUUGUGUGUGUGUU